AAAAUCAACCACAGGUUGGCACUGUUUCUUUUUGGCCUCCAUCUUAUUUCCCCUCUUCAUCUGUCUCCUCCUUCCUUCUCUCCUUCCUCUAUCCGGUUAUGGAGGUCUACUAGAAAGGCAUUUAAACGCAGCUGCGCUCCAAACUACGACAAUCCUCCAGUUAGGAACCACACGACCAAGUUUCUUUUAAACACAUAGUUCAAGAUGCCAGUGGCUGUAGGUCCGUAUGGCCAGACCCAACCCAGCUGUUUUGACAGGGUCAAGAUGGGCUUCAUGAUGGGGUUUGCCGUGGGAAUGGCCGCUGGUGCCAUGUUUGGCACUUUCUCCUGUCUCAGGAUUGGAAUGCGUGGCAGGGAGCUCAUGGGAGGAGUGGGGAAGACCAUGAUGCAGAGCGGGGGGACGUUCGGCACCUUUAUGUCCAUCGGUAUGGGCAUCCGCUGCUGAGGAGGAACAAUCUCCUCCACAACUAUACAACUAUGGGACUUUUCCAGUAACUACAAGUACAGCUCUCUGUCUGCUCAAUGGCGUCACACUCGUAACAAACCGUCUAGUUUUGUCAAUAAAAGUUCAGAUGACAAAUGGU